UAAACAUUACCCUCUGUCUUUUGUUUAUUCACAAAAUUGCAAUUAUCAUUUGGUUUUGUCGUGGUUUUUGCUUUACACAUUUAUUUUGCAGCUGGUGUCCUUGUCGGAUCUAGAGUAUGACUACAUUAACCCAUAUGAUUUAUCUUCACGGAUAAAUGCAGUGAUUUUACCAGAAUUUGUACUGCAAGGAACCUUAUGUCUGCUUUUUCUUGUAUCGGGGCAAUGGAUGUUGUUUCUUUUUUCUGCUCCAAUGCUCUACUACAAUGUGAGAUUAUAUCUGCAGCGGAAACACCUAAUGGAUGUCACUGAGAUCUUCAACCAGCUCAAUGGGGAGAAGAAGCGUCGCCUCGUCAAGCUCAUCUAUCUUGUUAUCCUUCUCUUUAUAUCUUUAUUUUGGAUGGUAUGGACUUUGUUGGAGGAUGACUAGUUGAAAAUAUGCCACCAUCUGUUACCCAACGGGCACGAGAUUUGGUUUGCAGUCAAAGAUCCACAUAGGUUAGAAAUCUAGCACUAUAAAUCCAACUAAUCAACUAAAAGUUAGAAAUUUGUUGUCUUUGCUAUGCGUUACGAUUUGAUGAAUUGAUUUGUGUGUCAAUUGUCUAUGAAGAAGAGCUAUAUUACUGCUAUGUAUUUCCACAAGCUCCUGGAGCUGGAGGGGGAGCUAAGUAGAGUUUUUGAUUUCCUCUUAGCAUCAUGAAGACUGCAGAAGUCUGUGUUUGUGGUAUUAACUAUUAACUAAUUUGUUUGUUUUGCUUCU